AUGUCCCUCACAAACGAAGAGUUGCUCGGGUUGCACAACCAGGACGAACCGGAGCUGCCAAAAAAACGGCGCACGGUGCACAAAUUGACCGACGAGCUGCUACUGGGGCCCCGCGGCCUGCCCGCGCUGCACAAAUCGCUGAAGAAGUAUAGAUUCCAUCACAAGCGCGCCGCAGACAGAAGACGCGACGAAUACACGAGAUCGCACCAUUUCGACAACCUCACGCGGCUUUUGCACAUUUACCAGGCCUGGGGCCACGAUAUCUACCCGCAGUACAAGUUUAGGGACUUUAUUCCGGUGCUGAGCCGCGCCGUGGGCAGUACGGAGGUGCGAAACUACAAACGGCAGCUGAUGCGUGGGGAGACAGCUGGGGAGGUAGCUGGGGAGGCAGUUGGGGGAGAGCGUCAGACAGCUGAGCGUGCUCGGCAGGAGGAGGAGCUGGAUCAGGAACUGGAUCAGGAGCUGGAGCGGGAGCCUAGGCGCGGCGACGAGCUGUUUGUGUCCGACGAUGAGCUGUACACGCCGAUGGGGCAAGUUUCCGGGCAAGUGCCGAGCCACGCGGCCGAGAACAGCGGCCCAUCCGCCGAGGAGCUGGAGCUGGCGCGCGAGUUUGGGUUUUAG